UGAAUUUUGUCUUUUUAGUAAUUUAGUUUUUCGUGUUUUGGAAUAAUUUAAGGAUUUGCCGUUUGCGUAGCCAUUCUUCGGAAUCUGAACAUCGGUGCCCAGUCCUCAUUGCGCGUAUUGUCUUUCAUUUUUUUGUUUGCGGAAUAAUCUUGCCUUUCUCUUUCGAGUUUUAUUCAGUCAUGGCUAUGCAGGAUUUUAUCAACAACAUGAAAGGGACAGCUCUCGGAGUGGCUGAAUAUCUCUCACCUGUUCUCAAGGAAUCCAAAUUUAAAGAGACUGGUGUACUGACUCCAGAAGAGUUUGUGAUCGCUGGAGAUCAUCUGGUGCAUUACUGCCCUACAUGGCAAUGGAGCCAAGGAGAGCCGAGCAAAAUUAAGCCCUACUUGCCUCCUGAUAAGCAGUUCCUAAUUACGAAAAAUGUGCCCUGUUACCGCCGCUGUCAUCAGUUGGAAAGUAAGGGGGAUGACCGGAUAAUUGAGAUUGAAGGCGAUACGGAUGGGGGCUGGGUGGAUACGCAUCCAGAUGAGAAUGGCGAUGCGGGAUCCGCGGCAGCGCAGACCAAAACGGAAGCUGUUAAGCAAGAGCAGUCGGUGAAGCCAUCAAACGGGGCUGACGACGAUGAUGAUGAUGAAGAUGAAGAAGCGGGGGAUAUGGAAGAUUUCGUCGACAGCGGUUUACUGGACACCGACGACCCGAGUACGCUGGUGACGGUCCCAACGAAAGCCAAAGCCCAGACGUCCGUGGAAGAAGAAGGCAUCGAGCAGACGCGCACUUACGAUCUCCACAUCACGUAUGAUAAAUACUACCAGACACCGCGACUGUGGCUUUUUGGAUAUAACGAGAACCGACAUCCAUUAACAGUGGAGCAGAUGUACGAAGAUUUUAGUGCCGAUCAUGCCAAGAAAACCAUUACAAUGGAGGCGCAUCCGCACAUUUCCGGUCCACCUAUGGCUUCCAUUCAUCCUUGCCGGCAUGCCGAGGUGAUGAAGAAGAUCAUCCAGACUGUGGCCGAUGGCGGAAAGGAGUUGGGUGUGCACAAUUACCUGGUUAUCUUUUUGAAAUUUGUCCAGGCAGUCAUACCGACGAUUGAGUAUGAUUACACCCGUAAUUUUACCUUUUAAUCCGUGGUUAUUAGCCGUGCUGUCAUCUUCCUUCGAACGAUAUGCUCCAAAAAUGUGCAAUGUAUUUAUUUUGUGUUAUUUAUGGCCAUCUUACCCCGGUCGAUUGUUACUUUUUUCACUGUUCGGCGGUUUCACUGUGCUUGUGAGUUAUGACAGUGGUUUGCCGGCCAAGGCUUCCUUUUCUUUCUUGAUAAUUCCUUUUGUAUCGAAUACCGAUUUGACAUUGAUUAAAGAAGUCAUAAGUA